UACUAACAAAUCAUUUUAUAGUAGUGGAAUCAUUGGAUUAUUACCAAGGGUAUAUUUUGGAUUAGAAUAGAAGGGUAAUAUCCAAUCUAUCCAUAUACACCGAGUCUUAUCGUUCUUUAAAAAGAAAAACAAAAGUGUUUUCUUUCCUACAAGGCAAAAAGACUUUUCCCACUAGCAAAAAGAAAAAGAAGGCAAGAAGUAAAAAACCUAAACAAAUAGAAACAAAGUUCUACAUCAUUGAUAUAAUUCUACUCGUAUACAAAAAUAAAGGUACCUCAUACACAGCACAUAAGAGACCAUGUCAGGAAAUACCGUUAAUUAUGACUCGUCCAUACCGACAGGACCGAAAGUUGUUAAAAUAACGGCGAAAACUAAUUUCGAUGAUCACUCAACUCCAGUGGAACAUGUCAAAAUCAUCGAUAAACAAUCUGUAGAGUAUGUGAUUCGUUCUGGUAUUUCUGGAGGAAUAGCUGGAAGUGCAGCAAAAACACUUAUUGCGCCACUUGACCGGAUCAAGAUUUUAUUCCAAACAUCAAAUCCAGAUUUCCUUAAAUAUAGAGGGACAUUUUCUGGAUUAUUUAGAGCUGGAGGACAGAUUUGGGCAAACGAUGGAGUUUAUGGACUUUUCCAGGGUCAUUCUGUUACCUUGAUCAGAAUUUUCCCCUAUGCUGCAAUUAAGUUUGUUGCUUAUGAACAAAUCAGAACUCUUCUCAUUCCAAAUGAUAACUAUGAAACUGCAGUAAGACGAUUUAUGGCCGGGUCUUUGUCGGGACUUGCUAGUGUUUUCUUUACCUAUCCAUUGGAUUUAAUAAGAGUUAGAAUGGCCUUUGAAACCAAUAAUUUGCAUCAUAGUAUUCAUGAUCAUCAAGCAUUUAUGAAAAAUCAUAGAGGAAGAUUGAUCAAUACUGUUACUUGUGUCUUUAAAGAAAAACCACCUCAUCGAAUAAAUGAUCCUCUGUGGCUAAAAAUGAUGAGAGAAAAGUUACCUGCUUCAAUAGUUUCAAUUUCAAACUUCUAUAGAGGCUUUGCACCUACAAUUCUUGGAAUGAUUCCAUAUGCUGGAGUUUCAUUUUAUACUCAUGAUUUAAUCCAUGAUAUUUUAAGAUCCAAAUAUUUUGCACAAUAUACGUUACAAGCACCUGGACGUGAAGCUAACAAAGUGGUGAAGAAAGGGUAUAAUAAUAAAGAAGAAGUCAACUCAAGGGAUUCUAGAAUCCCCUUGAAGGCAUACGCACAACUUAUUGCUGGAGGGUUGGCCGGAAUGUGUUCACAAACGGCCGCAUAUCCAUUUGAAGUCAUUAGAAGAAGAAUGCAAGUUGGAGGCGCCAUAAAUAAUGGACAAUUCUUAUCAUUCAGACAUACAGCUAAACUUAUAUUUAAAGAAAGUGGUACUCGAGGAUUCUUUGUUGGGUUAACCGUUGGAUAUAUUAAGGUUAUCCCUAUGGUGGCAUGUUCAUUUUAUGUUUAUGAACGAUGUAAAAUGUAUUUUGGAAUCUAAACCAAAAUUUAUUGUUUGUUGAAGAUUAUCAACGACUAGAUUAUUUAUUUAUUUAAUAUAAAGACACGGAAAUAAGGUAGAGAGUCCCUUUAUUGUAAGCAUAUGUAUAUAUAUACAAGAGUAUGUUUUGAAAUUUUUAUUCAU